AUGUUAAGGACAAAUAUACCUUUAUAUUUAACAAAAAGGUUCAGGUCUGGAUUUGAUAUAAAAAAUGCUUUGACUACUCCAUUGUCGAAACCAUUAAAAAAAUUUCAAAGUAAUGAAUUUAAGAAUAAAUCAGUAGACGAUGUAGAAUUAUUUGAUGCAAAAAUAACAAAACUUUCAAAUGGUUUAACAGUUGCUACAGAAAAAAGUUACGGUACUUUUAGUACUAUUGGGGUUGCAAUUAAUUCUGGAUGUCGAUAUGAGACAAACUAUAUGAAAGGUUUAACACAUGUUUUACAAAAAUUAGCUUUUGGUUCUUCAGAAAAUUAUCCUAGUACUUCAAUGACACAAAGUUUUUUACUAAAAAGUGGUGCCUUGUUAGAUUGUCAAUCUACUAGAGAUUGUUUUUUAUAUGCUUCAUCUUGUUUUAAUAGUAGUCAGGAAGAUAUUUUAUCAAUUAUUUCUGAUACCCUUUUUAGACCACUUAUAUUAGAUGAUGAAUUACAAAAUGCUAUAGAUAUUUGUUUACUAGAGUUACAGCAAAUGUACAGAAAUCCAGAUCCUGAGCCUCUUUUAAUGGAUUGGCUUCAUAAAGCUGCUUAUAAAUCAAAAACACUUGGGAUCAGCAAAUUUCUUGAUAAAAAUAAUGCAAAAAAAAUGACAAAGAAUGAUAUAUUAAAAUAUAUGGCUCGAUAUCAUUCACCUUCAAAUAUGGUUGUUGCGGGUGUUGGAGUUGAUCAUGAUCAUUUUGUUGAAAUGGUUCAAAAACACUUUGUUGACAAAAAACCUAUUUGGAUAAGUAAUAAAGAAGAUUUUUCUUUUGAUGAUACAUCUAUAUGUGAUGAUACUCCUGCUGAAUAUGUAGGUGGAUCAGUUCAUCAAAUAGGUGAUUUAAGUAAUAAAGGACUUAGUAUAGUAGACUUUCCUGAAUUAGCACACUUUGUUCUUGCUUUUGAAGGUGUUAGUUUUAAAGAUAAAGAUUUUGUAACAUGUUGUGUUAUGCAAUAUAUACUUGGUGGUGGUAAAAGUUUUAGUGCUGGUGGUCCAGGUAAAGGAAUGUAUACGAGGUUAUAUAUGGAUGUAUUAAGACAUAAUCCAACAAUGUACAAUGCUCAAGCUUUCAAUCACUCUUACUCUGAUAGUGGUAUAUUUUGUAUUCAUAUUGGUAAUGAUCCAGACUAUUCAGGUAACUCAGUAGAUUAUGCAAUUUUUGAAUUUUUAAAAUUAACUAUUCCAAUUCCUGAUGAUGAAUUAAAUAGAGCUAAACAACUUCUUAAAUCACAAUUGUUAAUGAAUCUUGAACAGAAACCAGUAAUGUUUGAGGAUUUAGCAAGACAAGUUUUAGGUCAUGGAAAAAGAAAAUCUCCAAUGGAAUAUAUAAAAGAAAUUGAAGCUGUAACUAGUGAUGAUAUAAGAAGGGUGGCAGAAAAAAUGUUAUCAGGAGUGCCAACAGUUGUUAUGUAUGGUAAUAAUAGGAUGAUGCAUAAGUAUGAUGCUAUAUGUAAUCAAAUUAAAGCAGGAAACUUACAAAUGGAUAGAUUUAAAUAA